AUGCAGAUCACAACGCCUCAAAUGGGGUCUUGUACCAUACCUACAAAAGACAUCCUGUCCUACUACUUCGACGAUCCGCAAUACGACCUCGACAACCCCUUGUACAUCGAUGCCGAAGAGCCAGAGCGAUAUUACACCGGUAGACAAUGCAAGAAAGCAAUCCGACAGCUAGCUGCUGGCUUCAAGGCCAUUGGACUAGUCGAGGGUGACUGUGUAUGCGUACACAGUUUCAACAACUUGGACUAUCCAGUUCUUGUCAAUGGCAUAGCCGGCUUCGGCGGAGUAUACACUGGUUCAAAUCCAGCAUACCAGCCAUUUGAGCUGGCACAUCAUUUUCGAGCAGCGAAGGUACAGGCAGUGAUAGCAGAACCUGAUCUGCUUUUGCACGUAGCCGCAGCUGCAAAACAGACCGGCAUCCCAACCGAGCGCAUAUUUGUCUUCGACAAACGAGGUCAAAAAGCCUACCAGUCCUGGGAGAGACUCUUCAACCAUGGUGAAAGCGACUGGCCACGAUUCGACGACCUCGAAACCGCCAAGAACACAACACUAGCACGACUCUUCAGCAGUGGAACCACAGGUUUGCCCAAAGCGGCAGUGCUUUCUCAUCACGCUCAGCACCGUCUCUUCUGCGAAUGGAACCCAACACCGUGGCAAUCCAAACGCCUUGCGAUUCUCCCCCCAUGCGAAGAAACGUUCGUUGCAAAACGUUUCGAUCUUGAAACGUAUCUGCGACUUGUCGAAAGACAUCAGAUAACCGAGGGAGCUUUCGUUCCACCCAUGGUCACCGCCAUUAUAAAUUCUCCUUUAUCCAAGAAAUAUAGCUUGAAGUCGAUUCGACUUGCGCAUGGGGGCGCGGCACCACUGGACGCCUGGCAACAAGCACGGCCGAAAGAACUGCUUCAUCCCGACUGUCCUUUCACUCAGGUUUGGGGUAUGACGGAAACGUGCUGUACCGCUUCAAUGACACCUUGGCCGCACGAUGAGCCAACAGGCUCAGUGGGCCAGCUGCUACCAAACAUGGAUGCCAAAUUGGUCGAUGAUGACGGCAAUGAUAUUACGGCCUUUGAUGUGAGGGGAGAGCUGUGUGUCAGAGGACCCAUCGUCAUUCAAGGAUACUUUGAGAACCCUCAAGCGAACGCCAGAGAUUGGGACACGGAUGGAUACUUUCAUACUGGUGACAUCGCUUAUCGAGACGGCAAGACGACACGAUGGUAUAUCGUAGACCGCAAGAAAGAGCUGAUCAAAGUCCGUGGAUUUCAGGUGGCUCCGGCGGAAUUGGAAGCGGUGUUGUACGAGCAUCCCAAAAUUUCCGAUGUCGGAAUCAUUGGGAUUCCUGUCGAAGGCGUUGAUGGAGAGCUACCAAGAGCAUAUGUGGUUCUGAAGGCAGGAUGCGAAGACUUGACAAAAGAAGAUGUGAAGGCUUGUGUUGCUGAGAGGUUGGCCAAGCAUAAGAGGUUGGACGGAGGUGUUGUAUUUCUCCAAGAGCUGCCGAAGACGGCAUCGGGCAAAAAGCUGGAGAGGACUUUGAGAGAAUGGGCUGCAAAUGAGGUCACAGACGGCUCGCGAGCGAAGCUUUAAGCGUGAGAGAUAAGACGAGAUGAUUCAUGGUCAAGAAGACGUUUAUGAGGCAGGCUGUCUAGUCUUUAUAACCCCAUCCUUCUCCAAUUGCGCCACGUCUUUCACGCCCAAGGCAUCAAGAACCUCUUUGGUAUGCUCGCCAUGUAAUGGAGGGACGCUGCGUAUGGUAGCUUUGGUGUGGCUGAACUUGAUGGCCGGGCCAAGCACUUUGAUUUUGCCUUUCUUCGCCGCAGGCAGGUCAACCUCAGCAACCAUAUCUCUUGCCUUGGUUUGAGGAUGAUCGAAGACCCUCUCCAUAUUGUUGAUAGGCGCAUACGGCAUCCCUGAGCCGUCAAAUGCCUCUAGCCAUUCGUCAGUACUCUUAGCAACAAACAGCUCCCUGAGCAUGGUAUAGAGAUCAUGUCGAUUGGUGACUCGAUCGCCAUUGGUCUUGAAUCUACGGUCUUCGGCCAGCUCUGGUCUGCCCAGGAUCUUGACAAGAUUGGCGAAUUGCUUAUCGUUAGUGGCGC